UUCUGAUCUUCCUCUAUUGUCGUCGCUGCGGAGAUCAGCUGCUCCGCCCUUAACGAUCGCCAGCAUGCAGCAGGUCGCCGAGACUGAAAGCGCAGGGAAAGAGAGGACGUCUUGUCCUUUGCACGGCUGCAAGCGGAUGUACUCGGACACGGCCGCUCUGGAGAGCCACGUCAAGGACCACGAGAUCUCGGCUCAGUCCCUUCCAGGAAAGGUCCUGUUGUGCUCCACCGUAGGAUGCAGCGGUUCCUUCCCCGACAUGCAGAAACUGAUGGAACACAUGAGGCACCAUCACAAACCCAACAUAUUCUUCCUGUGCGAGAGCUGCCGCACAAAGUUGCGAUCCUACCGUGGCCUCCUGACUCACCUGCACACCUGUUCCAAAGUGUCGCGGGGCAGACCGAAGCCGUUGGAACCGGCGGCCGCACCUGCUGCGGUGACUGACCUGGACCCGAAGCCCCCGCUGUUGGACCCGGUGUCCACCCCCCAGCCGCUUCCCUCUGAAAUCCCCAAAACAGAAAGUUCCUUCCUGGCGGCGGUCCUGGACACAGACCCUGCCCCCCCUUUACUCGGACCCCCCUUCUUGUCCAACCCGGAGACCUCCCCUCCCCACCUUGCUCCGCUGCAGCUCACAGAGGCAGCAUCCCAGCCUUGGAUCAAGAGCGAACCCUCCGAUCUGCCUUUAUCUCUAAACCUGGAUGGCCCGACGGCAGCUCCGGUCGCCCCCGAUGCCCAGGGUCAGCACCUGAAUCGAGCCAGGUCUCCUGAGCCCGUCUACCCUGCUCCCGGACCAGCGCCACGCUCUCCUCCCGGGUCUGCCACUGUCUGGAAGAAGGGUCAAGGGGCCUGCAGCAGACGCAUCCUCUGGGAGCACACCAAAGGGCGCUACACCUGCGUGCAGUGUGGCCACUUGGUAACCAACCGCAAGGAAAUGACUCACCACAUCAGCACAAGGCACAGCGGCAGCCAACCCGUGGACAACGGCGGGGGCUCGGCCAGCAGCCAACCCGUGGACAACGGCGGGGGCUCGGCCGCCAGCUCGUAGCACGCGUGAGCCGACGUCCUCAAGGUCUCCCGUUUCUGUCCCCGUUUUAUUCUGAGUAUACAACAGUACGUUAAACAUUUUCGCAGUACUGUUGCUUCCAUGCACACAAUUACUUUAUUAAAUAUCAGACUGAUGGUUCAUCCACAGCAACUUGUCUGCCACACACAUUUGAUUUGUUUCAUUACUACUGUAGGAGCUAACCUGCACCUGGAGCUGAUUAUCUUCCAUGGGGAAGUAGUGGAGACUCCAGUCUAAUAUUUUGUCAUUGACCAGCAAAACCCCAUAAUGUCAUUACGUUUGGCUCUAGAGGGCUUUCCACAUCUUUACAUUGAAGUGGCAGCUGGAAUUUCAAACACUUUGGAAAAGGAGGGUAUUUGGUUGGUUGCAGUCUGCAAACCUCGUCACUAGUUGCCACCAGAUGGGAGGAAGAAGAUGUAUAAGGCUUUGAUACACAUGCUUCUUUUAGAUACAUCAAUUGGUUGGUCUUUUCAUGGGAUUAAUUGACAAGAUAAACAGUCAGAUUGGCUGGAUCAAUUUCUCCCUUCCACCAAAACACUUGAUAAGAACGACAGUUAAGAAAAGCAGUUUAUUUUCAUUUUUUAUUACUUGGGUAAGUCAAAACGAGUUGAUACAAACACUCGAGUGCUCAGAGCGCCAGGUGACAUCGGCCAGCUCCAGCUACCCUCCUCUGUACAUCCAAACAUGCUCCUGAACAACCAUCACAGCGCAGUCCUUUCCACUAGCGUAACACAGACAAUACCACAUGACGAGAGGUCCCACUUGGUCACCAACAUGUGAAUUAUUAAACACAUGCACACGGAAAGGCUGUUUUUAACAAACAAAUCCCAUCACGUUGGCUGAAGGGGAGCCAUUGUUGAUACUCUAUACAUUAAAAAUAAUUAUUAACACAUGGUUUCAUAUUGGUCUGACAGCAUGAGCCAGCCUCCCAUCAGAUUUAGUACAUGUGGGGUUUUAAAUGGUUAAUGCUCCAUCUUAUUGUACAGCCCUGUAGUUUCAAUCUGUUAAUAAAACCUGCUGGAAAUGAA